UUCUGUCAUCUGAUAAAAUUCCUGCAGCACACAGGACCUGCCUCUCUUCCUACUCUGAGCACACUUGUGGCCAAAGCUGCAUAUUGCUGCCUGGGGGGCCUCCUAAUAGCCGUGUUUCAUCAUCUUCAGCUGCCUGAAUGAUGGCUCUGCUAUUCUUCUUGAUUCUUGCCAUCUGCACUGGACCUGGCCUCUUAGAGUCUCCAUCCAGAGUGCGACUGGUGGGAGGCCCCCACCGCUGUGAAGGGAGAGUGGAGGUGGAACGGAAUGGCCAGUGGGGCACUGUGUGUGAUGACGGCUGGGACCUGAAGGAUGUGGCUGUGGUGUGCCGGGAGCUCGGCUGUGGAGUGGCCAGGAAAACCCCCAGUGGUGGUUUAUAUGGGCCAUUGACAGAAAAAGGGCAAAGUGUCCUCAUCCAAGAUGUCAACUGCAAUGGGAUGGAAGACACCCUGGCUCAAUGUGAGCAAAGCGAAGAUGUUUUCAAUUGCCAUCAUGAAGAGGAUGCUGGGGCAUUAUGCGAGAACCCAGAGAGCCCUUUCUCUCCAGUUCCAGAAAGUGUGCGGCUGGUUGAUGGCCCUGGGCGUUGCAAGGGGCGAGUGGAGGUUCAGCACCAGGGCCAGUGGAGCACCGUGUGCAAAACAGGCUGGAACCUCCGGGCCGCCAAGGUGGUGUGCCGGCAACUGGGAUGCGGCAGGGCCCUCCUGACCCAAAGCCACUGUAACAAGGCUGUCCAGGGCCAAGGACCCAUCUGGAUGAGUGAGAUGUCCUGCUCAGGACGAGAAGCAACCCUUCAGGAUUGCCUCUCUGGGCCUUGGGGGAGGCACAACUGCACCCACGAUGAGGACACCUGGGUGGAAUGUGAAGAUGCCUUUGACCUGAGGCUGGUAGGAAGAGAUAAUCAAUGCGCUGGGCGACUGGAGGUGCUGCACAAGGGCAUGUGGGGCUCUGUCUGUGAUGAUGGAUGGGGAGAAAAGGAGGACCAAGUGGUGUGCAAGCAGCUGGGCUGUGGCAAGUCCCUCUCUUCAUCCUCCAAAGCCCGGAAAACCUAUGGCCCUGGGGUUGGCCGCAUCUGGCUGGAUGAUGUUCGUUGCUCAGGGCAAGAGCAGUCCCUGGAGCAGUGCAAGCAUAGGUUUUGGGGGUAUCAUGACUGCACCCACAAAGAAGAUGUGGCUGUGAUCUGCUCAGGAUAGUAUCCUGGCCUUGAUGCUUGACCUGGUUCCUGCUGGUCCCAUGUGCCCCCUGCUUGUGCCCCUGGGCCCUGAUUAUCCUAGUGGUCAUGCUGGGCCUCAGAGUCAAGUCACCACCCUCCCUCAGUCUCCCGGGAGUCUGAAUGCCAUGGAGACACCUUGCUCUCUCAGGGUCGAGCACUCGACGUGAUGCCUUGAGACAUGAGUUGUUGAGUUUCCCUGCUGGGAAAGAUGAGCUUCGCCGCCCCAGGCUCUCCGCUCACACCUUGGCAUUGGUUCUGGCCUUCUCUGCCUCUUCUCAACCUGCCUGGAAUCCUCAGACCUACCACUCUGUCCAAAAGUGCAGGCCCUUACUAAGGCAAGAUGAAAGGAAGGAAACAACUGAGGGAAAAUUUUAAAGGAAGCGUGUGUAGAAAAAUUUUUGGAACUGGGGUGGAGAGGGUGUGACAGAGACUUUUUGAAAUCUUCUUCUCAAGCUUCAACAGAUCAUAACAAUAACCCCUCUCACUUCUCUGCCAGUUCUUUAAGAGGGUAGUUCACCGUUUCAAGAGCGUAGCAGAGCAGCAAUCUGUAGUCCUGAACCUUUUCACAACAUCACAAAAAAGAUAUUUCACCUUCUGACUGUUCCCAUAAAAUACUUCUGUAAUCUAUCCUGGUACAUCCUGCCAAUGCAGUUGGCAUUUAACAAAAGGAAUCUCAGAAAUGCACUUUACUUUAUCCAAAGAAAACUCUUAUUGGUUCCUGGGAAAAGGUUGGGAGAGAGGGGGACAGAGGUUGGGAGAGCUACAGUUGUGUCUCAUACCAAUCAGAAAGUACCAUUUUCAUUUUAAUGGAGAUAUGUAAACCUAAGGUAUGUAAUGACACUAAGGAGAGAAUCAAGAUUUAACUGUAAAAAUCAGCAACUAUGGACUCAGAGGCUAAGUUCAUACUUACUUUAUGGUGAGGAUUACACUGUGCAAUAAACCAGAUCUCGCAGUUACCACAGUUGUCUGGG